GGCUUAUAGCAAUUCAGUGAACGAAAUAAGGUGUACUUGCAAAAGCACUUUUGUGCUGGUAUAGAAAUGUCAUGGAACGCUUCUAAUUGACAUUGCUGUGCUGUCAGAAGAUUCUAGUGUAGACCUGGCCUUACUUUUCUGAGGUUUUAUUGACCAGAAUGUUGCAAUUUGUGGGAAAAUGGCACAUGUUUAUGCACUGGACUGUUCUAGAUUAUAUGGCCUGCUGCACCCCACACUUUAGUCUUGUGGAAAAUUACAUUCUGUGCCAAGGCAAGAUGUAGCAAAACGACAGAAAAUAGUUUUUUUUUUAGAAAAUAGUAGUUUAUCUCAAAGAACACUGGACCAAUAUAGCUGUGAACACAUCAACAGUGUUUGCUUUUUGCAGUAGUUUUGGUUUACGCAAUAAAUACCUUGGCUCUCUAACAAGAAUGGGAUUCAGCCUUACCUGUAUAGUGUACCAAAACUAUACACAUUUUUAAUUUCAGAGAUGAAUUCCAAUACAGUCAGCUUUGCCUGACAAAGCUUUGCUUGGUUCUGAUCUAGCACAAUUCCUCAAUAACAGCAGUGCAGUGCUCCAGCCUCUGUUCUAGCUACUGCUCCAUGAGAAUACUGAUCUUUUUACCUGCAAGAUCGGGCCCUCAUGCUAACUUCUUCUCUAAGAGAGCACGCAAGACCUGCUUCUUGUUGGUACUCUGAUUCACUAGGCCGUUUCUUGCACUGAAGUCUACAUCAUCUUCAAAGUAUACACACUCUGGAGGCAAAGAAGCAUUCCAGGAAUAAUGGCUGCAUGGAAGUGCUCUGCUACAAUUCUCUUUGGGGUUUUUGAAUAUUGUUUAAACUGUACAAUCUCUUGAGUUUCUUGAGCCCCUCUUUGUGUAUAUCUUUCUCUUGGUUUGAGCUGGAUCUCUGAUAAGAUAAUAGCUGAGAAUUUUUUUUCCAACUGCAGCAAGACCUAUGGACCUGAUUAUAUGAUCAGGUGCUGGCAUUUGUUGUAAGGGAUAGAGACACAGGUGGUGGUUUUGCCUACUUUCCUGUUUUCUUUUCCCCUUCCUUGCAAUGUGGGUUGUGGAAUCUCAGAAGUGAGACAGUUGGCUAAGAUUUCCCUGAAAGCUUCUAGCCACUUAAAUACUUGAUGAAAACCUGAGAAGAUCAACGUAUUUGUGUUGUGUGUAAAGACUGCACAUAAGCUUGGUAUUUUAGAAGAAAUCAUACAAAGUAUAAGUAAGUCAGAGUUUGUUAAAUUCCAGUACAGAGCAGGAAGACAGUUUUGGGAGCCUUGGGGAAGGAACACUUCCUACUGUGUAGAAAAAUGGAGGCCCUGGACAAUUUUUACAGGGUCUUGCUAUUCAUCGCUUGGCGGCACCUUCUCAUAGCUCAUCUAGGGAAUUAUUUCUCCACAUCCUGUCCAGCAGUCACGCAGUCCAUUGCUUUAGUCACUCGCUCUGCAGCUGCUCUCCCACUACUCUGGAGCUGUUUUUCAGGGUUGGGUGACAAAUUAUAUAUGUGUUGUUUAUUAUGAUGCUAUGGAAUCCUCCUCCUUCUAAGGGAACCUGAGUUUAUCUUGUUUUUAUAGUUUUAAAAAUAAUGCUAACCAAGUACUGGAAACUUUCAAUUUGCAUGUUGACAACCAUUCCAAAUGGGCAAAUUUUUAGAUUGCUGUAUCAGUUUGAUAUUUCCAGCUGCAGUAGAGUUCCAUUUCUGGAGAAUAACUCCAUGCAGUUCUUCUGUUAGAAGGAAUUUUAAAAGUGAAAGUUGGAUAUCCCAUUUAAAGAUCCUUCAUUGCUAUUGGAUCCCUGAGUAGGUCUGUAUCUAGGCUUAAUUUAAUUUUCUCAUUGAAUCUGGUGAAUAUCCAAAAAUCAUUCACUGAAUACCACUGUCAUAACAUGUGUAUGAUUUCUUCAUAUUUGCUAAAUUUAUGGACAUGUCUUAAAACAUCGUUCCUCAGAGUCCAGUCCAGCCUUUCCUGUUUGUAUUAACCUCAUUCUGAGAUCCAAGGUUAAUUUUUUAUCAACAGUGGCCCCAGUCUUGAGCCCACCUUAUUAAUGAUUUCUACACCAAUCUCUUCACUCCAGGCAGUGUUUUGUUAAACGGUGCUUUUGCAUUGCUUCAAGCCUAAUCUUCCCAACUGGCUAAGAUUGUGUGGUUUAUCUGGUAAAUUUGGUUGGGUUAAGAUCUACAGCUUGACUAACAGCAUUUCUUUCUUGGCAUAGAUAGAUUCUAGCAAUAUUACAUUUCCUUUGAAGUUCGGAAUAUUCUGUAAAAAUCCAUCUGCAUAUAAAUGUCCGGUCUCCAGAAUACUCUCAUGAAUUCAAUUAGGACAACAUAUUUUGUGCUGUUCAUAUUGAUUUCUGGAUUCAUCCACAUGGAUGAUUUUAUAUAUUAAUACGAGCUAAAUUGCAAGCAUUUAGACAAUAUGAGAUCGAUUUCCCUUGUGUGAAUAGAUUGUAUUACUUUAAUGGUAGAGGUUUUAGACGUUUCUUCUCAGUCCUUCACCAGCCACACAUUUCAGUGGUGGUAUUCCUUAGCCAGUAUAAGGUUUGUAUGUUAGUACAAGCAUUGUGAUAUAUGUCAUUAGGGAAACAAUAUCUUUUCUUCACUUCCUGCUUCAGGAUGUUUAUAUAUAGCUGUAAAGAUAUAAUUAGCAUUUCCAGUUUUAUUUUUAAGAUAAAUUAUAGAUUAAAAAAAAGUUUUAGGCUGAUUUAGCGGUUGGUUCAACCAGCAGUAAAUUAACCUAUUUUUUCCCCUUUGUGAGAAGAGAAGAUUCAGUUAGAUAAGGAAAGAACUGAAGACAAACUAGUCUGUACAAACUUGUCAGAACCCCGGCCUUGAUGGCAUCUUGGUGGAAUUCCAGAAGGUUACAAGAACAGUUAAUAACCAGUUUAUUAUACCUUUAUGAAUCAGCAGUGAAGGAUAAUUUAUUAGCACAGAGUGUAAGAACUCAUCUUAUCUCACUGAUUCUGGUGCUUAAAAAGGACCCUGAAUGAUGGAUGAACGAUCACCUGACUUCCCUAAUAAAGAUUGCAAAAUCCUAGCCGAGGUGCUUGCUAACAUAUUUCAGUCAAAUCUGGUAAAACUUGUCCAUCGGAAACAAGGCCAUUUAAGAACAGGCUAUCCAGCAAUUGUGCCAGGUUGCUCUUAGAUUUGAUUAAUUUAUACCUGGUCAUAAUAUAUAGAGCAAAUUAUUAUUUAAUAAUUUAUCUAACCUAGUUCAAGUAAUGACUGCAUUUUUAUUUUAAUUGGAAAAGAAUAUUGCUGUUAGGAAUGUAUUUAACUUCAUUUUUGUUUGGUUACUGUUUUUAACUCCUUCCUGUGCUGUUUGUACACUGAUGUGGGAGAAUGUAUUCCAGGGGUUUUGCCUUGAGGCUCUGACAGGCAUAUUGCAGUAGAAUGUUGACUCUUGUUUUUGUAUUAGUUUGAUGAUAGAAAAGCUGGAGUUAGAAUCUUUUGAUCAUACAUCUUACUAGGGUAUUGGACACAAUGACAAUCACUGUAGUGUAUGAUAACUCUGAAGCUAUGGAGCUCUGUGCUUCUCAGCAUCUGUAUCUUAAACCAGUAGCAAAACUGACUAUCAAUGUGGUGUUUCCAGAACACACAGAAUCUACCCGAUCUUUCUCUAAGUGGGAAGUGAUGGACAAGCUGAAGAACAUGAUUUGUCCAGACCAAUUUACUACUGUUAGGGUUUCAAAGAGCACUAAGGAUUUCAUUCGAUUUGAGGGAGAGGCAGAAACUAAAAGGUUGAUCCUCACACUUAAGGAAAAACUGCAUGGAAAGGUAAUAAAACUGAAUGGUUUCAAAGAUGACUUGAAAGUGAUGGCCACCGAGGCACACACUGACUUUCCAGCUCCACAAGAGUGGGCAUCUUACCUGAAUAAAAGAGAGAUUACGAAUGAAGACCUUACUGAGCAAACCGCUGAUAUUCCUGAUUGCAUCUAUUUUGAAGGUUUGCCAUGCAAAUGGUUUGCACUAAAGGGCUCAAAUAAUGAAAAGCCAAGUGAAGAUGUUUUAAGAGUGGUGUUCGAAAGCUUUGGAAAGAUCAAGAACAUAGAUAUCCCUAUGCUUGACCCUUAUAGAGAAGAAAUGGUAGGAGGAAAUUUAAAUAACUUCCUUUUUGGAGGUCUACAGACAUUUGAAGCUUUUAUCCAGUACCAAGAGUAUACGGCUUUUGUGAAAGCUAUGGAGUCACUUAGGGGAAUGAAGCUGAUGUUUAAAGGGGAUGAUGGAAAAGCUCUGGCAUGUAACAUGAAGGUGACUUUUGAUACAACCAAACAUUUCAGCAAAGGAGCCAUCAAAAAGAGAAGGCUGGAAAGACAAAAGCUGCAAGAGCUAGAGCAAGAAAGAAAAAGGGAAAAAAAGAAAGAGGAAGAGGAGGCUGCAAGAAAAAGACGUGAUGAUGAAAAAAAUGCUCGAGAAAGAAAAAGGAAGGCUAAGCUCAAGAGGAGAGAACACAGGCAGAUAGAUCGGGAUGAGAAACGCCCAAGAAAGCAGCAGAAGGUAACAGCUGAAGAAGAGCAGUGGCCAGAGAAUAUGCCUGAAUGGGAAGAGAGGAAAUAUCUACUAGCUCAGAGAAGAGUGGAGUCUAUAAGGCUGCUUACCGUGCUGUUAAGCCGAGUAAAAGAUUUUGCACAGUUGACCGGCCAAAAAGUGGAGCCCUUGCUGCACCCUGAAGAUAUAAGAAAGGAUUGCUUUCCUGAGACAGAGUUACAAAAUGCAGACAGAGCAGAGCAGAGAGAAUCCCAUUACCAUCUACACAAAAAACUGAAGGAUAAGAAAAAAUUUAGGAGUCAGUUCUUCCAAACGGUUAACACCUCUUUUAGUGAGGAAGAGGUGCCAACUAAUCUGCCUGCAUCACCUUGUCAUCUUGUAAGAACGAUCUUAAAUGAUCCAACUGCAACAGCAAGCACUGGUAAAUUAACUGGCAGGGAUGAUUACAGCUCCUCUGAUGGUGGGACUUUACAGAUUACAGUUACUCAAGACUGCAAGGUUAUAGAAUCCCUUGAGAGAGAGGACUUUCCCCCUUUGAAGACAUUACACUCUGGAACAGUGUCUGAUACAGGGUACUGCAAAAAGCAAAAGAUUUAUGAAACUGAUGAGUUUAUACAUUAUUUAUUAAACUAUUAUCAAACUCCAAGCUACGCACGUGUCUGCCUAGAGCCAAAAAGCACCGUUAGCAAGUCUUGGUGGCAGAGGAUAGUGUCUGAUAAUGGGAAUGGCUUUCAGAUCAACUUGAAGAACAAAUACGGGCAACGCUUUACAGAAGUGAGUUUUGUACAAAACCUUGACAAGGGAAAUUGUAGCGGGGAUGAUAAUUAUAGAUGGGAGAUCACAAUUCGGAAAUCUGAGCCUACAGAGAGUGUGUCAAAAAACAAGGCCUAUGCUGGAGGGUUUACAAAAAAGUUCCAAGUACAGUGGAAUGAUUCACUUGACAUUGCUAACUUACCAUAUGCUGAAUUUAAAAAUUCUUCUUUUGGAAGCACUAAUACUAGUCAUGAUAAAGAAUCCAAACAAGACAAUAACAGAAGAGUAGUUGCCCCACCAUAUAAACCCUCAGGCUCUGCAUACAAAUUAAAGGAUUUAAUGGAAGAGAUCAGUAGUGAUUCUGAGUAUUUUAGUGAGGCAAAGAGAACAGAAAGAAGAUAUAAAGAUGUUUACAGUGAUGGCAAUAAAGCAUGCUCCCUCCCAAGAGAGAUGGAGAGAAAAUUCCUUGUCUGUGUUAAAAAUGUAGGUCAAAAUUAUUCAGAAAAUGAAUCCAGCAAAUGUAGCUUCUGUUCAAAUUCUACCCAUGGUGGCUUGACAAAGCAGUGUAGACAUAAGCUUAAAAAAUCAUUCAAGAGGUGCAGUAGUAAAUUGAGACACGAAGGGCAAAAAAGUGAGUGGAAAUCCAAUGAAGAGGUGAUAAAUACCCACAAAAAGAAGAAAAAGAGAAAAAAGCUCUCCCCUAACAUUUUACCUGAUGAACAUGGAUUCUCUGAAAUGGAUAGUUGGAGACAGUUGGAAUCUCUAAAAAAGAUACAGAGAAAAUGUAGCAAAAUGUUCCACCAUAAGAUGAAAUUCAAAACACUUCAUGUGAUGGCAGCAGCAUCAUCAAAAGAUGCCAUUCAUACUGAUGCCUCUCUGCUGCAGAGAUCUCGCCAAAGGGCAGGAGAUGAGAGGAAAUUAACACUGAGGAAAGAGAUGGAUGCAGAUGUUGGAGGAUGUCUUGUUUCCUGUUGAGUUAACUUAGACAAAUCCAUGCUCUGAUGCUGUCUGUGGAGCAGAACCCAAAAGAGAAUGCUGAUUAGUUGCUAGCUAAUGGAAAUGGGACUUUGAAGCUGCUUACAAAAGCUUCUACCCUGGCUCUCCCCCCAAAAAGGCCUUUUAUAUGGCUCUAAGAAGUGAACUGUAAGGCCAGGUCUUUAGUGAUUAUAAGCAGUCUAAGAUAGUCUAUUUUGUUUAGACUCCUUUAAUGCAUGCUGGAGCGGUAGGACAGUGAAACAAUCAAGUUAGUAUAAGCUCCAAAAAUAGAAUCUGUAAGGAUUUGGCAUUGAUAUGAAACAAGACCAAAGCUAUUGUGAACCAACUGCUGAGAGUUUUGAAGCUUAAUGGGUUGAAGCCUCUGAGUGGCACCCAGCUAAGUCCAGGGGAGCCAUAAAACAUUUGCAUUCUGGUAUCUAGUAAUUAUUAUACAGUUGAAUUGAUUGUGCACAAACCACUUAUACAUAGAUGAAAUAAAUCUGUUAAGUACCCAUAUAUUCAGAGUGCCUCCUCAGUCAUAUUGUUAAUAUGAUGGGAUGGCAAGAGGGUGGGGUAUGGCAACCUUGCAAUUCAGUUGUCGGGGGGGGGGGAUAUGAAAACUUGCACAGUGUGUUUCUAAAUUUGAGAAAAUAAACCCUAGUACAUUUUAACCUUCUCCGAGCAGCUACACUGAGAAAGUUCCUCAGCAUUCCGUUAAAAUUCUAGGAAUGAGCCAGAAAACUUGACAUUUUCUUGGGCUGAUCUAAAUCAUUACACUGCCACUAGAUUUAGCAUUCCUGAGAUGUUGAGUGAGGAUAUUCCAAACAAAGCUCUAAACGUUGAACAAUGAAAGGAGAUGAUUUCAGCAUGCUGACCAUCAGCAUGAAAGAUUACCUUCAAUACAGGGUGAAAAUUGCUUGCAGGAGUUCUCAGACGGGCCUUUCUGGAGGCACAAGCAGUGAGACAGCUACUUAGUUUAAGGUAGCUUACAGAUAAUUCCCAGAGAAGACUUCAUUUUCAAAAUGUUGCUAACUUUUAUAAAUCUCUGCUGCAUGGAGACAUGUGAAAAUGCAGACUAGAAGCUUGACCUAGUAUCUACAUUUAUUCAGUUCUCUCUCUUUAGCAGAUAGCCACAGCUGCUCUUGGACAAAGUCCCUCAUGAAGAUGUAGAUGGAAAUGGAACAGAUUCUGGUCUGAAUUUAGACCAACAUACUUACUGUUUCAGGUUUCAUUUUAGUAGGCUUUAUUUAUUACAUGUCAAGAUACUAAAUGUAAUGUAGCUGCCUUCAUUACAUAGCAUAUCAUUCAUGUUUGUAACCUCUGCUCUAAUAAAGUAGUCGUAAAAAUGUU